AUGGAAUCAGAAGACACCACAAUGGCAGAUGUCUCAAGGACAUCUGUGUCAACAAGCACCAAAGCAUCACAGAAUCCCGCCUCCAAAUCCUACGAGAUAUUCUCUUGCACCGUCAAGAAACCAGCAUAUGCAUACGCCCACCUGCGCGUACGGUCCGAUGACCCUGGCGAGCACCAAAGCCUAGAUGCGCUACAGGCCCGGUCGUACUGUGCAUCUGCCAUGCAGCAAUUCCUGGGUGUCACGGGUGCGGCCGUCACUAUCGAUGUGCUCAAGGUGGAUGCGGCCAAGGGGGAGUUUUGGGUCCGUUUGCCGAGUCCAGACUUGGGCCGUUUCUCGGCCGCUGUGACCUCAUGGCCCGGUGCCGUGCAGUCCGGGGUCACGACUGGUCUGAGUAUUUUGGCUGCAGGAGACUGGCUGGGGAGCCUUCUUGGGAGGAGCGAGCAGCAGUCGCUAUGGAGUUCGUGA